ACUAAAACUGCCGCCAGCCAAAAAACAAAACAAUGUUUGGCAGCGUAAAUAACUAUUUAUCCGGCGUGCUGCACUCCGCCCAGGAUUGCGAUGGCGAGUCCUUGGGAACUCACCUCUCGCUUCGCGACGUGCACGUGCAGAACCACAACCUGUAUAUCGCGCAGCCGGAGAAGCUGGUGGACCGGUUCCUGAAGCCACCGCUGGACGAAGUGGUGUCCGCCCACAUGAAAGUGCUGUAUCACCUGGCCCAGGAGCCUCCCGGCUACAUGGAGGCCUACACGCAACAGGCGGCAGCCUGUGGAGCGGUGGUGAGGCUGCUGCAACAGCUCAAGGACGAGAACUGGUGCCUUCCCCUGAUGUAUCGCGUGUGCCUGGACUUGAGGUACCUGGCGCAGGCCUGCGAGAAGCAUUGUCGCGGAUUCACACCCGGUCAUGUGCUGGAAAAGGCCGCCGACUGCAUGAUGGCCUGCUUCCGCGUUUGCGCCGCCGACGGACGCGCCUCCGAGGAGGAUACCAAGCGUCUGGGCAUGAUGAACCUGGUCAACCAGCUCUUCAAGAUCUACUUCCGCAUCAAUAAGCUGCAUCUGUGCAAACCCCUCAUCCGCGCCAUCGACAACUGUGUCUUCAAGGACUCCUUCCCGCUGCCGGAGCAGAUCACCUACAAGUAUUUCGUGGGCAGACGGGCCAUGUUCGACUCCAACUACCAGGCCGCUGUGCAGGAUCUGUCGUAUGCGUUUAGCAACUGCCCGGAUCGGUUUGCCAGCAACAAGCGGCUGAUUCUCAUCUACCUGGUGCCGGUGAAGAUGCUGCUGGGCUACCUGCCCAGCAAGUCUCUCCUGCAGCGCUACGAUCUCCUGCUGUUCCACGAUCUUGCACUGGCUCUCAAGGCGGGCAAUGUGAAUCGCUUCGAUGAGAUCGUCAGGGAUCAGGAGCUGGUGCUGAUCCGAAGUGGAAUCUAUCUUUUGGUGGAGAAGCUUAAGUUCAUCGUGUACCGGAAUCUGUUCAAGAAGGUGUUCGCCAUCCGUCAGACCCAUCAGCUGGACAUGGGCGACUUCCUCUCGGCGCUACAGUUUGUGGGCUUGACCGAUGUUUCCCUGGACGAAACGCAUUGCAUCGUGGCCAAUCUGAUCUACGAGGGAAAGAUCAAGGGCUACAUCUCCCACGCCCACAACAAGCUGGUCGUGUCCAAGCAAAAUCCAUUCCCCUCCAUGUCCUCAUAGUGCAUUUAAUUGUGAAUUUUUAAGAGUAAAAGACUCCGCUUAAAA